AUGGCAGAAUACCCUGUCGCCUACAAUGGCACCGGGGCAACCGGUGGUAACUCUCUGACGGAAGAUCUGAAUAUUUACUACAGUUCUGGAGAUAUCGCUUGGGUUAUCACCUCUACUGCUCUGGUGUUGCUGAUGAUUCCUGGUGUCGGCUUCUUCUACUCAGGACUUGCCCGUCGGAAAUCCGCAUUAUCGCUAAUAUGGCUUUCAAUCAUGUCGGUUGGGGUGGUGUCCUUUCAGUGGUUCUUCUGGGGAUACUCGCUGGCCUUCUCUCACACGGCUGGAAAGUAUAUUGGUGACUUGAACAACUUUGGAAUGAAGGGUGUUUUGGCAGCACCAUCGGUCGGCAGCUCCAAGGUCCCCGAUAUCCUCUUCGCUGUCUUCCAGGGAAUGUUCGCGGCCAUUACUGUUGCCCUUGCAGUGGGUGCAGUUGCCGAGCGUGGUCGCAUGCUGCCUUGCAUGGUCUUUAGCUUUGUCUGGACCACCAUCAUCUACGAUCCGCUUGCUUGUUGGACCUGGAACUCGUCGGGUUGGGUUUACCUGUUGGGAGGUCUCGACUUCGCUGGUGGUACCCCCGUUCACAUCGCCUCCGGCUCCGCCGCAUUGGCAUACUCUCUCAUGCUCGGAAAGCGUCGCGGACAUGGCACCCAUGAGCUCAAUUAUCGCCCUCACAACGUCACGCAUGUGGUUAUUGGUACUGUCUUCCUCUGGGUUGGAUGGUUCGGAUUCAAUGCCGGCUCCGCCUUGGCUGCCAACCUGCGUGCUGUGAUGGCGGCGGUUGUCACGAACUUGGCCGCGUCGGUGGGUGGUGUCACCUGGUGCAUCAUGGACUACAGACUGGAGAGAAAGUGGUCGACUGUCGGUUUCUGCUCUGGUGUGAUUGCAGGUCUUGUUGCCAUUACCCCGGGCUCAGGUUUUGUGACUCCAUGGGCUGCCUUCAUCUUCGGAGUCGUCGGUGCUGCUGCUUGCAACUACGCGACGAAGCUCAAGUACGUGCUUCGUGUCGACGACGCCCUGGAUAUCUUCGCUGUGCACGCCAUUGGAGGUCUUGUGGGCAACCUCUUGACUGGACUUUUUGCUGCUGAUUAUAUCGCCCACCUCGAUGGUUCCACGACUAUUGCCGGAGGUUGGAUCAACCACCACUACAUCCAGCUCGGCUACCAGCUGGCCGACUCCAUUUCCGGCAUGGCCUAUUCAUUCUUUGGCAGCUGCAUCAUCCUCUUCGUUAUCAACCUGAUCCCUGGUCUGCACCUGCGCAUUCCCGAGGAGGAGGAAAUUCUUGGUGUUGAUGAUGCCGAGAUUGGCGAAUUUGCCUACGACUACGUCGAAAUCACCCGCGACGUCAUUGGCGGCACCACCCCCGAGGGUGGCGAGGAGUCUUCCAAGCGCACCAUGACUCCUCCCAACGGCAACGAAGAGUCCGUAGAGACCAAGGCUUAA